AUGGCGAUGGUUUUACCCGAACAAUAUAAUGAAAGCAACGAUAUGACGACCGUUAGCACGCUAAAACAUCUUGCAAAAUAUAAAGAUUUAAUAAAAUGGAAAGUUGGUGAGUGCAUAUUGGAGUUUAGUAUUGGAGACGGAAAGUGUUCGGCGAACUGUCUGCAGCCGAUUUUGCCGGGAGACUACAAGGAGUUUGUGGUGUUGGAUAUUUCUAAGCAAAUGAUAGAUUUUGUUCAAUCCAAGAUUAAUAUUCCAAGGGUACAAUUUGUCGUUGAAGAUAUCGCUAAUAAGCACUUGCCGUCUGAGUUUGAAAACAGGUUCGAUCACAUAUUUGGAAUUUUUGCGAUGCAUAACGUACAUGAUCCUAACCAAGCGUUUAAGAACAUCUAUAAGAUGCUGAAACCGGGAGGUCAAGUAUUCGUAUCAUGUUUCGACCAUAAGCCCGUGGAUGAGGCUUUCGCCAAAUUGGCCGAGCACCUUAAAUGGAAAAAGUACGGAGAUCACACAUCGGCUUAUUACUACAAAGCUGAUCCGAAAAGUGAAUAUGAAAAAGAUUUAGCAGAAGCUGGAUUCAAAGAUUACAUAUUUGAUGUUGUAACGGAAAGUCAUAUGUUUGAUGAAAAUGAAUCCGUAUGGAAAAGUAAGUUUUUAUUAUUUUUUAUGCGGGUGAAUAGUAUAAAACUAAGGUAA